UUCAAAUUCAGAAACAAACGCCUAAAUUUGCAUUUUAUACAAAAUGUUUAAAGAAAACUAUUUUUUAAAAUCCUUACAAUUUUAUUCGUUAUAAUAGCUAAGGCUAAGGGAAAUUUUCCUCUAAAUCCUAGACCCUGCCGUUAUAAGGAUACCAGAUGUAUACAAGAACGUAUUAACUUUUUCUUAAAUUCCAAAUAUGCAGGUGAUGGUUUUAUUAAUUUGCCAAAACUUGAUCCUUUGAGUGUGCCUUUGUUGAACAUACAACCCGGUCCCAAUAGUCCCGUUAAUAUAGACUUGAUUAUGAAAAAUAAUUUACUAAAUGGUCUGAAAGAUGCUAAGGCCAUAGGCGUAAGUGGCUUCGAAAGGGACUUGAGUAAAAAACAUGAGAUAAAGUUACAAAUACCUCUUAUUCAUAUGACAGGCGAUUAUAAUGUCAAAGGUCAGGUGAUAGUGCUGCCAGUAGAAGGUAUUGGAAAGCAUGAUAUAACAUUGAACGAUGUUACCCUUGCUAUACAAUUCUCUGGCUCUCCUUAUGUCAAGAAUGGUCGCAUUAUAUGAAAAUCGAAAAUUUAACCGGCUCUCUUACACCGAAAAAGGUCGUUUUCAAUUUCGAUAAUUUAUUCAAUGGCGAUAAAGUUUUGACCAAUAAUGUUAAUGUUUUCAUUAAUGAAAAUUGGUUGGACAUUUUUAACGAAAUUCAUAAUUCACUUUUUAAUGGUCUUACACCAAUAAUGCAGAAAAUUUUGAAUGAUGUCUUUUCGAAAUUACCCUAUGAAGAGUUUUUCGCUAAACAAUAUUAAAUUGUUAUUCUUUUAAAUUUUAUACGUUAUAAAAAUAUUAAAUAAAUAUAUUAACCACUUCACUUUAAAGAUGCAAUG